AUGCCGUACAAACCCGAGGAAGAGUGCAACGAUGGAAGGGAAACGGAACUUCUCCAGUUCAUCCGAAGCCACCCUCAAUAUUCAUCAAUGAAAAACUCCCCCGAGGCAGUCCUCGCCGCGAUCGACGAGUUUGGCACCACAAAGGACUUCCUCAUGAACGUGGGCCAAGAGAAAGGAGCCGUUGUCACCAAGAUCAUUUCCGAGCAGAAACCAAAGACUCUGAUUGAGAUUGGAUGCUACGUCGGAUUUUCCGCCAUCCUCUUCGGUAACGAGUUCCGCAAAGCGGGGGGUCAGAAAUAUUUGAGCUUGGAAUUGAAUCCUACAUUUGCGUCCGUGGCACGCGAAUUGGUUGCUCUUGCCGGGCUGGAUCAGAUCGUUGAAAUCAUCGAAGGCCCUUGUCGAGAGUCCCUGAGGAGUCUUCAUAAGCAAGGCGCUGGGGCAUUUGAUAUCAUCUUCAUAGAUCACGCCAAGGUCCUUUACCUCGACGAGUUGAAGCUUUGCGAGGAACUGGGCUUCGUGAGGCCCGGUACUACGGUCAUUGCCGACGAUAUGAUUCUACCAGGAAAUGCUGCGUACUCGGCGUACGUUCGGGAUUCUCCUGAGUUGAAAAAGCAGCACCUUGAAGAGAAUAAGGCCAACAAGGGUGAAGGCGAUAUGUCUCUGGGUAACCCUUAUCUGAUCUAUGAGACAACACUGAUCCAUGGGCGGGAGCCCACUGGUCGAGAUGACGCUGUCGAGAUCUCUUGGUGUAAAGGUGAAACUCUUUAG